UUUCACUCCACUCUUCCUUACACAGCUUCCUACAUCCUGCAGAGAAAACCUCUUUGUUUUCAAUUCUCUACUGGUUGGUCCAUAUAGCUUUUGGUUGUUCCAUUAAUUAUUUUUACUAAACUUCUUGCUGAAGAAGAUUUACUGGCUUUGUUCUAAUGGUCUUUGUCAAGAUCAUGUCUCAGAAAAAGGAUGCUGCAGAAAGUCCUCAACGAAAAAUUGGUGCUGAUGGAUCCUUUUUUGUGUGUGUCGUAUGCAACGCUAAAGGAUUUCUCCUCUGCUGUGAUGAUUGUCCUAGGACAUAUCACUUGGAGUGCCUAACUCCACCCCUAGAGAAAGUUCCAGAUGGGGACUGGAAAUGCCCCAAGUGCUGCGCUCCCUCACUAGCAGCCCCCAACACAACUCCUGCUCAGGAGGUUACUGAGGCGGGAGAACCACAAGCUUCUCUCCAUAAACCGGAGGUUAAGGAACUGAAGGUUUAUCAAAGACGCCAUGGGAAAAGGGUCGUGGAGGAAAAAAAGGGAAGAUGAUGGUGGUCAUGGGAGGAAGGAAAUGAAGCUUCUGCUACUGAGCUGAGAGCCGACAUAGGUUGUAGAUAUCCUUUAUGAACAGCUGCCUAUGGUGAUGUGGAGCUGGUGUUGAAGUGAAGAUAUGAUUAUCCCCAUGUUACUUAUAUGACUUGUAUAUGUAUCAUUAAUUUGCGGUUUUAAAUAACAUUUUCUCUUCUUUUUUUUUUUCUUUUUUUGUCCAAUGAUUAUGGAUGGAUCAAUUACAGACUUAGUAUGGUUGAUAAAAGAAAUAGAUCCUAUACUAGAGUGCUGUAACAAAUUGAUAGAAUGAAAGUAUCUGCUUUAG